AUGGUUCCCCGGCGCCACGCUGCGAACAGACCCCACGUCUGCCUGACGGCGGCCCUCAUCAUGACCAGCCUGGCGCUGAUGGAUGCCUACUUGGUGGAGCAGAACCCGGGGCCCCGGAAGGUCGGCGUGUGCGUCACCGUGCUCGCGGGCGAUGCUUGUUUCCUCAUCGUGCUGCGGUAUGUGGCGGUGUGGGCAGGGUCAGAGGUGCACACGGCCCGGCGAGGCUACGCCAUGAUCCUCUGGUUCUUCUACAUCUUCAUCCUGGAGAUCAAGGUCUACUUUGUGUACCAGAACUACAAGACCCAGGACGUGAGCGGGGAUGGCGAGGUGACGGAGGCAGGCGCGUCCCGAAGGGCGCUCACGCUGCUGCUGUCCGUCUGCAUGCCCAUCGUGUUUGUGACGCUGGCGGCCAUCGACCACCUGGAGUACCUGCGUCCUUACAAGAAGCGAGAGGAGAUCCGGAGCCGCCUGUUCUGGGUGGUGCUGGACCUACUGGACGUGCUGGACGUCCAGGCCAACCUGUGGGAGCUGCGGGGGGACGGCGUCCCACUGUGGGCGGAGGGCCUCGUCUUCUUCUACUGCUACAUCCUGCUGCUGCUGCUGCCCUGCGUGUCACUCAGCGAGAUCAGCAUGCAGGGCGUCAACAUCGUCCCGCACAGGAUGCUGCUGUACCCCAUCCUCAGCCUCGCCGCCAUCAACGUCGUCACACUGCUGAUCCGUGGUGGGAACCUGCUGAUCUAUGGUGACGCCAGCGUGUCCGCCAUCAUGAUGGGGAAGAACGUGAUCGCCAUUGUGGUGAAGAGCUGCAGCCUGCUGGAGUGCCAGAGGCGUCAGCCGGCGUGUCCUCCUGCAAAGCGGGGAGCCGAGAUCCACGAAAACUCUGCGGCCGAUGUUCAGACGACCAGCACGCCGCCGCUGGUGCUGCCCCGAGUCGUCAUCCAGGACUUCACCACCAUACUAGAGGAGGAGGA